AUGAGAGAGGCAGUUCAGUUGCUGACUAGGAUGGUUUCUAUUCAUGAGCGACAAUUGGAGUCAGGAGUAGAUAUUCAAAGAGACCGGUCGGAAUGUUUGAAGGUACGAGAGUUUCUUCAUUUGGCCCCUCCACUAUUUACAGGAUCUAGUCUUACGAAGGAUCCUCAAGACUUUAUAGACCACAUAUAUAGAGUAUUGAGGGUGAUGCAUGCCUCCGUCACAGAGGCUAUGGAGUUGGCUUCUUUUCGGCUACGUGAUGUAGCCAUCCUUUGGUAUGAGGCAUGGGAGAGAUCUAGAGGACCUGAUGCUCCGCCAGCAGAGUGGGAGGACUUCUCUGAGGCCUUCCUUGCCCACUAUUUUCCACGGGAAGUUCGAGAGGCCCGUCUUGACCAGUUUAUCAAUCUGAAGCAAAGAACCAUGAGUGUGAAGGAUUAUAGCCACAGGUUUAAUUCUUUGGCAAGAUAUGCACCAGAUAUUGUACAUACCAUAAGAGCCAGAGUUCAUCGUUAUGUUGAUGGUUUGGCAGAUCAUUUGAUAAGAGAUUGUAGGGUAGCAUCCCUAUCAGAUGAUGUAGAUAUUUCCCGCAUACAGGCUUUCGCUCAGACUACAGAGGACCUUUCUAAACGGAUUCGUGAUACCCGCAGGGAUAGGGAGCAGAGUAAGAGGGCCCGUACUAUAGGGUCUUAUAGGGUGACACAUGGUGAUUUUAGGUCCCCUUUCCAUCGAUAUCCACCUCAUCCAGCGGGUAGUGUCUCACCACACGUGCAGAGACCGCGGUUUGAUCGUUAUAGUCAGUCAAGACCAGGUAAGAUCUCAGGCCAGCCUGAAGGUCGUCGACAGGAUCAUUCCGUACAGACAGGACAUUUUAAUAAUCGGUGCCCGAGGUUGAGCAAAGGUGAUCUAGCUCAGCCUUCAGGAUCCACAGCAACAUCUUCACCUUCAGUCUGUGUCCCACGACCAGGACCACAGUCUACUCAAGGUAUAUUGACGAUAUCUUCUCAAGUUGUUUACGCAUUGAUAGACCCUGGCUCUACAUUUUCAUAUAUCACUCCAUUUAUUGCUAGUAAGAUUGACAUGAAAUCUGAGUUGUUUCCACAACCAGUUGAGGUGUCUACAUCGGUUGGCGAUUCUAUUUUAGCUAGUCGUGUCUAUCGGGGUUGUACGGUAUUAAUUAAUGAUCAUCCAACCUCCGCUGAUUUAGCUAAGUUGUUUAUGCUAGAUUUUGAUGUUAUCAUGGGUAUGGAUUCGUUGGCAACUUGGUAUGCUAAUAUUGAUUCUCGUGCAAAGAUAGUCCGAUUUUACUUUUCAGGUGAGCCAGUCCUUGAGUGGAAGGGUAAUGCAGCCACACCUAAGGGUAAGUUUAUUUCAUACCUUAAGGCUCGAAAGUUGAUUGCUAAAGGUUGCAUAUACCAUAUGGUUCAUGUACAUGAUAUUGAUAAGGAGCCCAUGACUCUUCAGUCAAUUCCUAUCGUGAAUGAAUUUCCAAUGGUAUUCCCUGAUGAUCUUUCAGGAAUUCCCCCAGAAAGGAAAAUUGAUUUCGCUAUAGACUUGCUUCUUGAUACGCAACCUAUAUCGAUUCCUCCCUAUAUAUUGGCACCUACAGAACUAAGGGAAUUGAAGAAACAACUAAAGGACUUUCUCGAUAAAGGCUUUAUCAGGCCAAGUACUUCCCCACGGGGUGCCCCAGUGCUCUUUGUUUGA